GUUCUGGCCAGACCGGAAGCACGUGGCCCCCCACCGGCGUGGUUGCCCGGGCGACCGGCGCUGUUUACCAGGGGGGACUGAGCCGGGUGGCUGCCGCGGAUGGAGCGGAGAGGCGAGGGGUCUUGAGAAGCAAUGGCCGCAGAAGCCACCGUGAACGCCGCCUCCACUGAGUGCCACCCCGUGGUCAGCACAGCAGCCGACAGCUUCGUUUGGCCGCCAGACUCACUGAACAUGCACGUCAUACGGCCCAAGUCCGCCAAGGGGCGUACUCGGCCGAGUCUGCACAAGCCCCAGGGCGCGGGGCUGUGCCCGCAACGCACGCCAUCUUCUCCGCCUCCAGCCAUUCCCUGCGAGCCGCCAGGCAGCCAGAAACCAGGAGCCUGUGCGCCCAGAUCGCCAAAUCAGGGAGCGCCCCAUGAGGUCCCCGAGCUGCUGCAGCAGGUGCCCUUAGGGACUUCCUCAUCCCUCAAUAAAUACCCGGUCCUUCCUUCCAUCAGCAGGAAGACCCCGGAGGAGGGGGCUGGGGAAACAGUCGCGAAAAAGGCUGGCUCCCUGCAGCUGGGCAGCAUCCAGGCUCUGCACCAAGAGGAGGCCUGCACCAUGAAGACAGGCAAAGAAGGUUCCAGAGCUCCAGCUCGUUCCCCAGAGAAGAAACUCUUUGUCCAAACCAGGAGACAGAGCCCCUCCAGGGCCGGAGUCCCGGAGGAGCCAUCAGAUCAAGAGCCAAGGCUGCUGCUUGCUGUGAGGUCACCAUCAGGCCGGAGGUUCGUCCGCCACUUCCGGCCAACCGAUGACUUACAGACCAUUGUGGCCGUGGCUGAGCACAAGAACAAGGCCACCUACCAGCACUGCUGCAUCGAAACGAUGGAGGUGCCCAGGAGACGUUUCUCUGACCUCACCAAGUCUCUGCAAGAGUGCAGGAUCCCCCACAAGUCGGUGCUGGGCAUCUCCCAGGAAGGCCGGGAGGAGCGGAUCUGAGUCCACAGCCCCGCGGCUGGGGUCCUGGGUCUCCGAGCAGGGAGCAUUCUCAGGUGCCAUGGCCUCCGGGGCAGAGGGUUCUGAGUGCCCUGGGAGCCCGGUGCAGCUCUGAUUCUUGGGAAUCUCGUCUUCACGGCGUCUCCUUUAAAGCAGUGAAGUGUGCACCUGCACCAAGUGCACUGAGAAGAUUCUCUUCCGGUUCUCUACACCCCCGGAGUGGACUGGUCAGUUACCAGGGCUGCUCCUGGAACAGCUGUGACCAUGCCUCCUCCUUCCUAGAGUUUGGGACCUUCUUGGAGCCCCUGCUCGCCUUUACAA